AUGGACUGGCUUCCACUCGGAGGUCAUCGCGCAUUUACACUCACUAAUCUUUUUCUAAUAGAGGUUUUCUACAACGAUCGCCUGGCUACAGAAGUUCUACCUCUUGCUGCUUACUUGGUUGCCGUAACAGUGUCGAAACGCAAAAUUUGUCGCAAUCAGCUUGAAGAGCUCGCCGUAGCGGCCGUACGCCUUGCCUCGAAAUUCGAAUCCCAGUACGGUCUGGGUCCGGAUACUACAGAAGAAUUUGGUUUUGUAAAGCUAAAUAGGAUGGAAAGAGCAAUCUGCCGCGCGACCGAUUUUCAACUGCAUCGCUGCGGUGCGCUGUUUUUCAUGCGCAUAAUACAGAAAUUAGUUGAG